UAGGACACCCCUAUUAUGUGAAUGAAUGGUUAGAACCAGUGAUGGAGGAGUGUUAGUGUUGUUAGUGUUAUAUACAGUACUGAAUGACUUAAACAGUCAAACAUUGAUAUCAUAGUUACAGACAAAACAAUAAGUGAUUCAAACAUUAAUGACAUUUCCGUAGUGUUUAUGUUAUGUUUAAAAUGAAUUGUAAUGAAGUAGUGAUCCGAUAGUUAAGUCAAUUGUCACCAAACAGUACCGUACGGUCAGUGCAGUCAAUACAAGUGGUCAUCAGUGGCUAUGGAUAUCCUGCCGAGCGGUCAUAUAUUCAAAGAGCUUCAAGUGAUCCACGAAACGGGAUAUUUGUCCGCACAGUUGUCGUUGGAGGACAAGUGGCAGCAGACAAUGUUAGAAAUGGAUAGAUAUUUAAAAGACGAGCCAAAGAUUCGACACUUGGAUCAGUUCCCGUGUGAUCCGUGGGAUAUGUUCUCCAAACCAUUGAUGAUAGGAAAUCAAAGAAACGAAAUGAUAAUACCGGACAUCGAGAGUAAGUCGGACACUGAGGACGACAAGUCUUUACCACUGACUUUGUGUGGGACCGACAGUUGCGGUGAAGACCGGAUGAGUGUCUCUGAUCUCGAUAUUAAUGAGAAGAACUCGGAUUCGGGUCUGAGUUCAAGUGGCAGUAGUGUCAUAUCGUGGGACAGUUGUGUUAGUGAUGCGCACACCAUUGCGGCCAUAGUGUCGACAACUAUUAAACAACAACUUCAAUGUCAGCAUCAGAUAAAAUCAAAUACCAAAAGGACGAAAAACUCUUCUCCACGAAGAAAUAUAUCAAAGAUCUCUUCAGAAAACAAAAGUUCAGUUCAUUUGCAAAAUAGUCACUCCAGUCAUCAUGUGAUCCGUAAACGUAAUGCCGAAGAUGAAGACUCGGCCUCAACUCUAACGCCUCCGUCCUCUCCUGAGACCCAAUUGAAAGUGAAUUUGAUUAAUAGGACUGUAGAACAACAUCACAUCAGCGAAGGUGCAACUGUUCCGCUCACUAUAGUCACCACUGAAGCCAUACCAUUGAAUGACUCAGCUAUUGAUCGCGUCAUUGCUAUCUCAGCUUCGGCUUCACCUAAAACUGACAUCACUUCUGCCUCAUUAUCGACUGCAUCUCAAAGCAAUUCCCGAUCGAGAGGUCGCUUUGAAAUCAAUCCCGACUCGAAAAGGCGUAUUCAUAAGUGUCAGUUCAAUGGCUGCAAAAAAGUCUACACAAAAUCAUCACAUCUGAAGGCCCAUCAAAGGACGCACACAGGUGAGAAGCCCUACAAGUGCUCGUGGGAGGGCUGYGAAUGGCGUUUUGCCCGAUCCGAUGAAUUGACCCGACAUUUCCGAAAACACACGGGAAGUAAACCUUUCAAAUGCAGUCACUGUGAGCGGUGUUUCUCCCGUUCCGACCAUUUGGCUCUUCACAUGAAACGUCACCAAUGAUGACGGUGUCAUCAGUUGUGCCAUUCAUUCAAUCCAUUUAAUACAUUCAUUCAAAUCUUUAAAUGCACACAAAUAUUGCAAUACUUUUGCAAAUGAAUCAAACUCUCCGUUUUAGUCAACAUUUGAAAUCAUUUAUAAAACUAAUUGUUUGUCUCAUAUGAUGUCUUCGUGUAUCUCUUUUUUUUGYCAAACAGUGGUCACACAAGUAAUCAUUUAAUAAGCCAUUUGUUAAACAUAAACGCAAACAAGUGAUUGAAUGCCGACACGACUUUAUUAAAUAAUAUUUAAUAUAAUUAUA